AGGGCUUUAUGGAGAUGGUGGCAGGACCUCAUGUCCUGGGUAAAAGCCCCGCGUGGGGACAGCCGGGGUAUGGCUGGCCUGGCGACUCCAGUGCCCCUGCUGGUGCACGCGCUCUCCCGCCCCGGGGUGCUCUGCGGCCCCCACCAGCCCGCAGCGGCAGGCUGCGUGUGCCCCUGGGUAGGUGACUUUCCUGGGUGCGGACGGGCCUGGCCCCUGAGGUGCUGCCCCCAGCGUGUGAGAGGCUCGCUCCCAUUGGCAGGUGAAUUCACUUUUGCUAAUUUGGCGUCAGCAAUUUUAUGCUAAAGCACUUGUAACUGUCCUCUCUUUAGACUGCAAAUGCAUUCAUUACUUGGGAGACUUGAGUGUGUUUUCACCAUGUGAGGAUGAAAGACUUCCUCGGGCUCUGGAUCCCUGCGUCUGUGUCCAGUUGGAAACUAGCUAGUUCUCUUGGAAGGGGGUGCGUUGGCCACGGCUGGAGACAUCUGGCCGGAGGUCAGGGUCGGUCCAGAGGCCAUGGGCCGGGCGAAGAGAUGCGGAUCGUCACGUGUGGUGACGAGAAGGGCGGCUGGCGGUUACUCCCACACAUUCUUUUGUAAGAAACGAUCCCAGAGGGGCUCCUCGGUGCUCGUUCUGCGGGUCAGUCACUGACCCGUGGCUUAGCCCUCUGGCAGCAGCCGAGGUUGGGGAGCAUGCCCUUCUCGUCAGCACCAAGGGCGUGGGCAUCUGCCUGCAGAGCACGGGCCCAGCCGGGUCCACCUCCGUCGCUCUGGGAGCCACAAGGUCGUGGCCAGCCCUGGGCGGGAUCGGACCAUCCCUGUGUGGGGUCAGGAACUGCUGGUGCCAGGGUGGGCGCCCGGGGCAGGCCCCGCUCACGGAUGGUCUGUGGCUCUGGAAAUCCUUCCUCUCCUUACCCAAGGUCAGCCAGUCCCAGAGGGCCAUGCCGGAGGUUCCUGGGUGUUGUCACUGACCUCAGGAGUUUCCUGUGAUCCCUUUUGGAGGAGGUCCUGCCCAUUGCACUGGAAAGUGAGUCCUGAAGUUUUUAGGAGCUUGAAAGCCAGCCUGUCCCUGUACAGAUGUGGAAACUGAGGCCCAGGAAGGGGCAGUGACUUGGCUGCAGCCACAGGGCAGCUGGCAGCCCUCAGUUGCUUGUGGCUUCUCCCGGACACUUUCUCUGAUCUCAGGUCAGGUGAGGCCUCCCACAGGGCCCUUGGAACGUUCCAGAGCAUCUGAUUGGCCACAUGCAAAUGUCUCCUCGUUUGCCUGGGGAUUGUUUUCUCAAUGCCUCGAGGUGGUGGUGAAACUACUUUUCUCCCUGGGGAAAACAUCUCUUAGCUUUUCUUCCACUGACAUUUUUCAGUUCCAGCUCAAGGCUAGCUGAGUUCCUAGGCUUGGGCAGGGCUGGGCAGCCCCAGCACACUGCCCGGCAGGGUGCUGUGGCCCGGCUCCCUGCAAGCCUGGUUGGUGAGAGGCCGUGAGCUCCCCCGGCAAAAGACCCCCCUCAGCCCAGGACGGGCGAGCAGUGGGAAGCACCUCUCCCCUGAGUGCUGGGCCAGCGGGGAGCCGGGAAGUCCCCUGCCUGGGACCUGCUGGGGCAGGACCCCCCGGACGUCAGGGUGGGGGAGCUGGGGGGUGGGAGGGUUACGUCCUGCUCACCUGGUCCUGCUGGUGGCCAAGUUCCUGGCAGAGGCAGCACCUGCUGACCACCGAGGAAGGCCCUGGAGAAGGGCGACCCCGCUUCUCCUGGCUCCCCUUCCCCAGCAGCCGGGCCCUACCCUGCUCUCUGCCCACCGAGCACCCUGGCCCCUCCUCGGCAGAGAAGAUCUCCCAGGUCCGGCUUAAUCCAAGAUCCACUGGGUGGGAAGACAGCCCGGUGGGGCUGGGCUCCAGGGUCAGGUUAAUUGAAGAAGUGAUUGGAUAGCGGUGGGGAGAGGGAGGGGGCAGGGCUGGGAUCCUGGGGCCUCCCUCCUCCCUCCCCCCUUUGCUCAGAGGAGCCAACUUCAAAAGCCUCGGCUGCCUGCCGUCCAGGGAAGCCUUGUUGGCCGGCUUUGGAGCGGACCUGGAGUGGCAGCGGCGCUCCCCACCUGAGGACCCCAGGAUCAUGUCCCAGGCCCACUGGCGGGAGUGAGGGAGGGCCUGAGCCUGAGAAGCCCAUGGUGAGCAGCUGUGGGCCGCUGGGGAGGGGGCUGACUUCGGCUGGGCAGGGAGCGUGCACAGCCCAGGAGAGGCUGCUGUCCCGCCGUGUCCCCACCGGGAAACUCCCCUUGGUUCCCGUCACCGCAGCCUGGCCCUGGGUGCUCCUGACGGGCCUUCCCGGCAGCUGCAGCGGCGGGGGGAGGGAGUCUCCCUCCUGGAGCUGGGGCCACCCUGUCCUCAUGGGUUGGACUGGCCUGAGCCUCGGGCCCUGGUCAGGGGCAGACAGGCCUUCCCGGGACACCCUGGGCAACCAACCUACCCCACUUGGACGUCCCUCCAGCACCAACGGCUCUUGUGCUCACUAUGAUCUCUGACCCUCAGCAGGCAGAGGGGGUGACUGAGCUGGCCAUCAUGCCAAGCCUGUCUAGGGAGGGGGUGGGCUUCGAGAAGGGCCCACAGCUAAUUGCAUUUGGUCCUCCGGCCGACGCUGCCGGGUGCCUCAGGCAGGGAGCCCCCACGGACUCCAGGUCCGGCCCUGUGUGGUCAGGCUCUCCUGCCAGGCUGGGAAGCAGAGUCGAGUCCUGUGUCUCGAGUCCCAAGUCUCGCUGGGUUCACAUGAUUGAUUUUCCGGUGCUGUGUGACUCCAGCCCGGGGGCUGGGAGCCUGCAGACAAGCUGCUCUCUCUCUCUGAUAUUCGGGCUUCUGAGUGGGGGUGGGCUUCUUCACCAUGAGAGCCAGUUUUCUUUCUGGGGGAGGGGAGCCCUGGUGGUGUGGACCAUGGUCCCCUUCCUCCCUUCGCCUUGGGCUUUCCCCAAGCCUUCCCCUCCCAAAGGGGUGUGGCCUUGAGCUCUGAGCCCUCACCCCUGUCCUGGUUGGGUUGGGGGUGCAAGGGAACCCCAGCCCCCAUGGCUCUCAGAGCUGGUAGCAGAGCCAUGGGGAGGGUGAGGAGAAGCUGCCCGGCCAUUGAGGGGGCAGAUCAGUUCUGCCCUCUCCUGUGGGGCACCUGGCGAUGAGCCCAGCUCUGGUGGGCAUGGGUCAGGGCAUGGCCAAGGGUGAGACUGUACAGGGGGUGCUUCCCGCUGUAGGCAGACCUAGGUCAGUCCUGCCCCCCAGUCUUAUGGGUACUGGGCCCUCACACCCAUGCAGAUCAGAGCCGCGGGUGCUGUCGUCUGUCCUUCCCCAAAACUGCCAGCCCUGUGCCUAGAGCAUUUGUUGAAUGGCAUGGCGACAUCUCCGUUAUACCAGCUUAGAGAUUCCCUUGUACAUGGGCCCCCCAGGCCCGCGCUCUGGGCGCUCCUGCUGGCACUGCUGGGGGCUGCACCGGGCCGGGCCAGGCUCGGCGCCUGCAGCGUCCCCGACGUGCUCCACCACUACCGCGCGGUCAUCUUCGAGGACCUGCAGGCCGCGGUGAGGUGGACUGGGCCGGGCUCCAGACAGCUCCAUUUCAUUCAGAAAAACCUGACUGGAGCCGCGGCCUCCCGAUGGCGGGGCCGGGUGGGAGCCUCCUGUGGCGCCCAGAAGGAGCACAGUAUCCUACUGUCCAUCGUGGCCCUGGGUCGGACCCUACGUGGGGCGGUGGCCGGGGGCCGCCGCGGGGCUCUGGAAAAGGCGGCUUGGACCGUGGCCGUGCGCACCGAGGCGGUGAUGCGGCGCCACUGCCGGACGCUGCGCCAGGUGCGCGUCCCCGCUCGCUCCCACGGCCCCGCGGUCUCCCUUCCCAGGGGCUGGACACGAGCUGCGGGGGAGGGGGCGGGCGGGGACCGUGCCCACGCCCUGACCGACGCGUCCCCGACAGCGGAGCCGGCGGCCCGAGACGCGCCCUGUUCGGCGUCGGGGCGGCCGGAGGCGGCUCCUGCUGCGCGCCCUGGACGCCGUCGCCACCUGCUGGGAGAAACUCUUCGCGCUGCGCGCCGCGGCCACCGACGGCUCCUGGGGCUCCUAAGCGCCCCGAGCGCGCGGGGAUUGGGAAAGGGCCUUGCGGCUCGGCCCCUCCCUCGCCGCGGCCCGCACUCCUCGGAGGGCCCGGGACUGGGAGGCGGGGCCCGCCUGGCGAGCUGGUCCCGGAGGGGGCCCGCCCUCCGCCCCCAGCAAGGCCCCAAUAAACUGAGCUGGUGCUGCGGCCCUGUUCGCUCUUUCUUCGCCUGCCAGCUGUGGGGCCAGGCCGCCCCGGGUCCGCGCCUGGGUGGGGAGGGGGCGCUGGGGCCUCCCGCACACGCGGUGUGGGGGAGGGGGGAGCGGCGGUGUUCCCAGGCUCGGCCAGCAGGGGACGCCUCGGGACGGGACUCCUGCUAAGUCGGCGCUGCAGGCUUGGGCGGGGGCAGAUGGGGACUCCUGCUGGUCCUAAAAUGUAGCAUCGUAUCCGUCCUGCUCCACUCUGGGAUGGGGGAAGGGUGGAAAUGGAGGGGAGGGGAAGGCUGAGCUUUGUGAAUUCGGAGCAAAACAACCGGAUAAAGGAAACGGGCCUGAAGGGAAGCGAGCUGCGGCCCUGGCUGCAAGCUGGGCCGGGCCAUUUCCUGUGGCCUGGGAAGGGUGGCAGCAGCUCCUCGGCGGCGGGACUGGACAGGCCAGCCAGGGACCCACCGUCUCGUGUCCUGGGACCUUAUGUUUGCGUGGCCCGGUGGAGGGCUGAUCCCUGGAGUCCCGCACCUACAGCCGCGUAGGCCUGGAGGUCCGUGGCCCCCUCCCGGAUCACAGCCUGUGGAGGGGGCGCAACAGGGCAGGCAGAGCACCUGGCCAAGGUGGGUGCCUGGUCGGCACACCUGUCAUCAUGCUCUCCCCUGACAGGUGGACGGACCCAGUAGGCACCGAAGCAGGCCUUGCCCUGGGCACCCUGGCAGAACAGAGGCGAGCAGGAGAUGCAGACAGGCCUUGCUGGCGGAGCCGUCAGCAGGGCACAGCUGGCCCUGAGCGCCCCCAUCGUGCGCGUGUGAACGCGUUCAGUCCGAGCAGCAGGAGCCACUGCCCCUGGUUCGUACAGGAGGAAACUGAGGCACGGGGAGGUUACAGGACUUGCCCCAGACCUCACAGCCCGAAGUGUAAGGGCCGGGAUGAGAGCCAGGCCCCAAGCAGAGUGACAGCCCGCACGUGCCCUGUGUGCAGGCUGGGGACCUCAGGGUGCAUGCAGUCGCCUUGUAGGUUCCCAGGCCACGUGGUCGCACUCUGAGUGUGAGGGUGGCCUGGGCAGGGGGCCUGUGUGGUUGAGGUGAGGCUGGAGGAGGUGGGCUUGGACAUGAAUGGGGUGAGGGGAGGUGCGGGCAGCCCCAGGGUCCUGGCCCGAGUCCCUGGGGGAGUCCUCGUCUUGAACUCGGGGAACACUGGUGGAGGAGCAAGCUGAGGGGAGCAGUCACGCCGCUGGCUCCUGCUGGGCGUCCAGGUAGGAGGGAAAAGUCCUGCUUUGGUUGGAGCACAAGGCUUGGGGGAGAUGAAUCGGGCCUGGUAGAAGGUCAGUAAGAGAGUCCGGGGGUCUGGGUGCGGGGACGGGGAGGGACAGGCCCUCCACAGAGGCCCCCACCACGCUCCUGCUUUCCCCAGGGCACCUGGCUCCUUGCACUUGGACCUCAGCGCCAGGGCCUGUGGGGAGAGUGCGCCUCCUAAGGGCGCCUGGGCGUGGCCUCUGGGCCGUCAUGGCUGCUGCCCACCCACAGCACUCCUUGCUGCCGUGGUGAGCGGGCAAUGGGCAGCCCUUUCCGUCCGCCCAUGCCUGAGGCAGUUCCCAACAAACCCCAGUUUCAGGGGGGCUGGGAGGAGGAGCAGAGGCCUUAGUUACAGGGACACAAUCUCCGUCUGAGUCCUGGACUGCAACCAUGGUGGUGGACAAGAUGCUCCUGCACCCUGGCCCGGCUGUUCCUCCCUGGGGGCCCCUGCCAGAGCCUCCCCGGUAGUGAGCGUGUGUGUGUGUGUGUACACAAAUGUAUAUGUCGAGGUGUGUGUGCACAGGGAUGUGUGAGUGCACAGGUCCAGGUUCCUGCCCCACCCUGUCUGGCAGGGUGCCCCUCUCUCAGGCACACCCUCCUGAUGUCUAACCCUGGUCUGUCCUGGCAAAUUGACCGCCUGGGCGUGGGGGCUGGAGGCCUGUGGCCUGAGCUCGAAGACCCCAGUGGUCCCUCCCUCAUCCCACUUCGACGUUGUUCUCAGCACAAGACCCCCACCCCUGGCCCGGCCACCGCUGUCCACCCUCUGCACCUUCUCUCGAGGCCUCAGUGCCAGGCAGAGGCUCUGCACAUCGUGCCCAGGCCUGCUUCUGCCAACCCCCGGAUGAUGGGUCAGCGUCAUGGCUGUGGGGACACGGGCCGCUGUCCCCACAUCUCAGAAACCAUCUGUAUUAGUUUCCUAGAGCUGCUAUAACAAAUUAGCACAAACUAGGUGACCUAACACAAGAAAAUUUUCUUCUCUCACAGUUCUGGAGGCCAGAGGUCGUCCAAAGUCAGUAUCAUUGGCCCGAAAUCAGGUGUCGUAGGGCUGGGCUGUGCUCCCUCCAGGAGCCAAACCAUUCCUGCUUCUUGAAGCUUCCGGUGGCUCCGGGUAUUUCUUCGCUUGUGGCUGCGUCGCUCCAAUACCUGCCUUUGCUUCGUGUGGCUGUCUCUCCUCUCUGAGGAUCUUUGCUGCGGGAUUUAGUGCCUCCUGGGUAAUCUAGGAUGAUCUCCUCACCUCAAGAUCCUUAAUUACAUCUGCCACGACCCUUUUUCCACGUAGGGUCCCACUCGUAGGUUCUGGGAGGUGGCGUAUCUCUGGGGCCACCCUUCAACCCACUUCAGCAUCUUUGCUCAUGCACGAUGAGGGCAGGGUGGGCUUCUGGCUUCUGGGACGAAGUCCACUUGUCCAGGGCGGGGACACCCCAACCAGACCACGUCUGGGGCAGGUGGAGGGAAAGCUGGGCUGCCCUGCUCAGACCUGAGGUCUGGCCCUCCAGGCUCAGCACCGGGGCACGUGAGCUACCCAAAUCUUUGCUGGCUGGAACUGACCAGAACCGACAGAGAGAUGGAAAGAGACUCAACGGUGAGGACAGAGCCACUGGCCAGGGGUCACGGGGCCACGGAGGGCAGAGUGUAGGCGGUGUGACCCGGUGGAUGGGCCCCGCCUUUCGUGGACUCGAGGUAUCUGCCAGGCCCCUGUGCCCUGCCUUCCCUGCCAAGGCCCUAGGCAUGUGGCCUGAGCCUGGUUCUUCUUCCAUAAAACACUCUUCUGGGGCACACACGUGGUGGGGUUGGGGCCUGCACCCUGUGGUGUCCUGUCCUACACACGUGCCUUCU